AUGGGUCCCUGUACGGCCUCCCAUUGCUGCUGUCUCCAUCGCCACACUCUGCCAUGUGCCACUUUCAGGUCUCCUCACACUGCUGGUGGUUUCCAUUUUUGUCAUAGGGUGCUGUAUGGCUUCCCAUUGCUGCUGCCUUCCACCGCCACACUGUGGCUCCACACUGGUUUUGGCCCCGUGACUGGCCAAAUGAGUGAAGUGGUGCGGUGCUGAUUCUAAAUCGACGGCACUCAUCUGCAUGUCAUACUGCCUGACAGUAUUAUUUCUCUUCCCCUCAGCAGGGACUCCAAGGGCAUGUAAAUUAAAGGUACAGUGUUUCAGCACUAAUAUUA